GGAAGAGGACGACGACGAGGGAGAAGAAACCCAGACGGGAAAAGGCCAUCAGACAAGGUCGCUUUUGCUGGCGACACAGCAACUGAGAGGAGCGUGGUACUGAAUAUAUCCGCCCGCUCAGCCUGGGACUCGCAGAAGCACUUGGUGUUACCACGAAAACAAAGGAGAGGAGACGAGAGCAGAGAGAGAGAGAGAGAAGCUCUGAGCAGUUCCGCUUUGGUUCUCCGGGAAGCAAGGGCCAUCUCCUCCGCAAGGAACCAAAGGGGAGCCUGGGGGUCUAGGAGGUUAGAAGCGAGCGGGUUUCUGGCGGAGACUUGGGACGCGGCAGGACUCUGGACAGCGCCUCGCGAGCGGGGCUCCGCGCUCCCGGCUCCAGGUUUCUGGCUCCUUCUUGAAAGCCCCUCUCCCCGGACUCGGACCACCGAACCCAGGAAAAUCCUACGAUUCCUGUCGGAACGUGCCAGGGGGUGGAGCGACUCUUUUUUUUUUUUUUUUCUUUUUUUUUUUGCCUCUCACCCGGUCAGGGAAGAGGGUCUCCGAUUCUGCAAAUCUAACCCUUGCGGAUAAUGCUUCACUGGUGAAGAAAGAAAAGUUUUGGGGUCGGGUAGGGGGCGGAAGGGGAAGGAGGAUAGUGGAAGAAAGAAGGUGGAUGGUUGGUUUCCCCUCUGUGAUCUGGAAGGAAUGAUGACCGAGGAAGGAUGUGCACCAGCGGCCAGAUUAUUGGGAGCCUCUUGGUGCUCUCUGUGCUGGAGAUAGGGCUGGGGGUGUCCAGCGUGGCCGUGGGGGCGGUCAGCUUCAGCCUGGCCCUCCGAGAGCACAAGCCGCAGCUCGGAGACUCGUCCCCGGUAUGGAGCGGGGUGUGUUUUCUUCUUUGUGGCAUAUGUGGAAUAUUGUGCGCCAAAAAAAAAUCUGGACUUGUCAUGAUCCUUUUUUCUGCCUGCUGCAUCUGUGGACUCAUUGGGGGCAUCCUGAAUUUUCAGUUUCUUCGGGCAGUGACAAAGAAGACCUCUUCUCUCUACCCUCUGCAUCUCGCCUCCAUGUCCCUUGCAUGCAUUGGGAUCGGUGGUUGCACCCUGUCUUCCUGGCUCACUUGUCGACUAGCCAGCUACGAACAGAGGAGGAUGUUCUCAGAAAGGGAGCAUUCGCUGCACCACUCUCAUGAAAUGGCUGAAAAAAGAUUGAGGGCUAUUGAAAUUACCGACUUGCCCAGCUGCCCGGUGGUGCCCCCGACACCAGAGUUACCUACAAGGAAAUGACAGACAACAUGAGCAAUGGAGGACCACAACUGAUAUUUAAUGGAAGAGUAUAAUCAAUAUUUUAAAGACCCGUACUUUUUUUUUUUUUUUUUUUUUUUUUAGGAUUUUCAUGAGGAAAGGAAAUACCAAAGGACUAGGGGAUAAAAUUAAAACAGUUCUUGCAUUUGCUAUUAUCUCUUGUGAGCACCCAAUAUAAACAUUCUCCCUCAGUUUUGCCUCACUUAUUUCUUCAGCUUUUUAUAUUGGGUGAGAACUUUCCUGAAAUGUUCUGGUGCAGUAAUUUGAACAGACUUUCUAGAUUAUUCUAAAGACUUUUCAGGAAAAAAAAAAAAGGAAUAAACAGAAAGACUCAUAUUCUAUAAACACAGUAUUUCACUAGCAUGAGUAUUAGAUUUGUAAUGACGUAUUUCAUAUAAAUAAUCAAAAGUGCGAAUAUCAAGAAUAACAAUAACUUAUCAAUGUCUUUGUUUUUAAAGACAAUGGCUUCAAGAAUACCACAAUUCAAGACCUCAGUAAUGCCUUGUUGUAAAAACAUAAUUAUUUCCAAUUUGUGAAUGAACUAUAUUUCAUAAUUUAUUUGUAAAUGACAAAAACCCUGACAUAUAACAAAGAAAUUUUUUUUAGAGAGACAAUACUAAUCUGUAUCAUAUUUUUGCAUUUUUGCACAAGGGUGAAAAGUUAUAAAUGAAUAUCACUUAAGGAAAAUAAAUAUGUUUUGAUUAUACCGUGCAGAUUGAUCUGCAUGUUUAUGAAUGAGCCUAAGAAUAAAAUAUGUGUGUAUGUAUGUGUGUAUAUAGACUGUAAAUAUAGAAAAUAUAUACAGCAUAUAUUUAUAGCAUUCAUGAAUGUAAAUAGGUAGUUGAAAAGAAAUUGUAAUGCUUUUGGGGUAUUACUAAAAUUCUAUUCCCAAAGAGUUGGGAAAGCAUUUUUUCAAGGCUUUUCUAUGCCCACAAAAUCACGUUUGAUUUCUACUAAAUUUGUUCAUUUUUAUUCUUUUUAUUAUAUAUGCUGUGUGUAAAUAUCAUUGUGACUGAUAUUUAUGGAAUUGAGUGAUCUGAAUAGUGUAGUAUAAAGAUAGAUUACUUAUUUGACUAUUUUACUAUUAUGGUAUUUAUGUAAUAACAAUGAUUAAUACUGAUUUAUAAACCUAACUUUAAAUCACAUGCUUACACAUUUAUAAAAAUAGACAUAAUGACUUGUGAUUAUUCAUGAUACUUACAUUUCAAACACUUUACAACCCAAUUAAAUUAUAUAGAAGGACAAAUGAUGUAUGUCCCAAAGUUAAAUUUACAAUUCAUUUUGCUAGAAUUUAAUUUAAAAUUAAAAAAUUUUAAUUUACAUGAAAUAAUACAAAAGACCACUUUUAAGAAUAAAUAUAUAUACCCAAAGAAUCUAAAAGAGUUUUUUUUUUUUGUAGAAGGAAAUACAAAACAUAGGCUUACAUUUAUAUAGCUAGAUUCAAUCCUUCUCUUCCAUAAUGAAAUGUUAAAAUAGCAAUUCAUGACAUUAUGAAUAGGCAAGAAAAUAGCAUGGUCUUUAAAAAUAUUUAUGAGAACACAACCUCUGGUAACAGAUAAAGAAAUCUAAUAUUUUAAAAUAUGUAAUUCUCACUGUAUUGUAUGCUUUUAUUUUUCCCUAAGGCUUAUCUAGUUUUGAGCCAUUUUUAUGAGUUACUUAUUGAACGACAGGUAGAUUCAACCUUUAAUAUUCAGGAGGAGAACAUGUUGUAAUUUAGAAACAAAAUAUGGGUUUUAAUUCUGAUAACAAAAUAAUAAUUCUAGUUAACAGAAAUCUGAAGUUCUUCUAGUUUUAAAGCAACAUGAUCAUCACCUACCCUAUUUAAGUCAACUCAUAAAAAAAUUCUACCCAUAUAUAGUCAAAAGAAAUAGCUGGACUAUGGUUGUUUGGUGUAGCAUUUGAAGUCUCCUAACUCAUAUGAAAAACUUCAUUAUCCAGAUUACAGAAGUUGCCCAUAAAUGCAACCUCAAAUAGUGAAUCAGCAUUAUCACAUUUCUUUUGAUGCCACAAACAGACAUAAUCUUUAUCACUGAAAAUCUGAACUAUACAAUGCAGACAUUUUGUAUAUAUAUAUGACUCUACUGAGUUUAUGCAAGGAUGUAGUUUUGUACUGAAGGGAUAACCACUGACUAAUUUUAGGUGGUGUUUCUUUGUAGACAUAUUUGUAUAAUGCAGAGUUCUAGUACAUCAGUAAUAUGUUUUAAUGCCUUUUGAAAUAAUUUAUGAAAUCACCCAUCAAAGGACAAAAGUAGGCAUAUCACUGCUUUGAUAUAGAGUUAAGAAGAGAUGCAACCAUUACAAUUAUCCAAAUAGUCUACAGUGUAUAUAACCAGGUAUAGAUAUGUCUUUAAAUGUAGUUCUUUUAACCCAAUAUUUUCAGGGCUCAGUUAUUUAGAGGGAUUUAUUUAGGAUGUAUAGUGAUUCUUUCUGAGAUUAGUAGGGGAAGUUGGAAGACAUUGUUCAAGUACUUGAAAAUUUAUUUUUCACAAUAAAUCAAACUAUGAAUUAGAAUAUUUUAAGUGACUACUUUACACUUUUAGUAUGAGCCUACCUUUGGGGGAAAGUAAAUUAGGAAAAAAUAUGUGAAACUAGUGUGGUGGUGUGCUGUAAAGACUAGCUACACAAAGGUAAAGUUAUAAUAAGCAUAAAAGAAUAAAAGUGGACUCUGCUUUGAAAUUUUUAAACAUAUAUGUAUAUGUGUGCACACACAAACACAUAUACAAUUGUUUAGAAGUGGAACAUGGUAUGAUGACUCUAUUGAUAUGUCUAUAUAAUAAAAUGGUGUGCUUUGAAACUA